AUGGAGGUUAGGCCAAAUCAGACGGUCGAUAACUCGCCACAGCAUCGGCGCCAUGUAGCAGCAACUUCAUCGAAGCAACCUGUUGCUCCUCCUAACGCAGUUGACACCACUUCUGUUUCUCAAAGGUUACAGAAGGAGUUAAUGUCUCUUAUGAUGAUCGGAGGAGAUCUUGGAGUGUCAGCUUUUCCUGAAGGUGAGAGCAUUUUUGCAUGGAUCGGCACAAUUGUGGGUGGAAAGGGAACUGCCUAUGAGGGAUUAUCGUACAAGCUUUCUUUACGUUUUCCUCUAGACUACCCAUUCAAACCACCUCAAGUCAAAUUUGAGACGAUGUGCUUCCACCCAAAUGUUGAUCAAUUUGGGAACAUAUGCCUUGAUAUUCUUCAGGAUAAAUGGUCUUCAGCUUAUGAUUGCAGAACCAUUCUUUUAUCCAUUCAAAGUCUAUUGGGAGAACCCAAUCCAGAGAGUCCUCUGAACAGCUAUGCUGCCAAACUAUGGAAUAACAAGGAAGAUUACAAAAGGAUGGUCCACAAACAAUACCAUACUGGAGAAGUAUUUGAGAGUUGA